UAAUUUUUGUCAAUGUAUAAUUUCAGGACUUAAAAAUGUCUGUUGGAGGAUUUUAUCCGAGUAGUCGGCAGCAGGCCAACUUCUCAUUUUUACAGGAGGAAGGAGACGUCAAGUUUAAUGUACCUCGCUUACCACUAUUUAGCAGAUGUCCAAUCACGAAUCAAGCAAGGCUUGAGGAUCCCAGGGACUUGAUGGAGAAUAAGCUGCAACGUAUUCCACUGAACAGUAUCUCCAAUGUAUCCGUCCUGUCGGAGCCAACUAACCGUCCUGGAUCCUUCUCGUCUAUCUGGUCAUUUUCUCAAGAUCAAGAAGCGGCUGCACGACUUAAAACCUCGCGUCUCUCCGUUCACAAACCCAGUCUGGACGAGGUUCGGGACAACUCCCUGGUUGCCCUGACAAACAAAUAUGGGAAAGGAAAAUACUGGUUCAAAUCUGCUUGUCCUACUCCAGAUCCACGUUGGUCUGCAGAACAACAGCUGAUGAUUGGUCCAAUACCUGGCGACGUUGAGUACGCGCAGCUCCGGUCAGCUUUCCUGGCUCAGGGUCAUACCUUGCACCUUUUCAUACAGAACAAUCAGGGAUGGUUGGAGAAGAAUCAGGAAAAGUUCGGGGCCAAGCACGUUAAGUUUGGAUACGUUGUCUACACUGAGAGGGAGACGGCUAUGCGUCUGCUCAUUGCUGGAUACGUUCCAGUUGGUACAGUCAAGAUCAGGGUUAAAGAGAUGGACGGGAAACCUGCUCUCUUUAUGUCAACCUAAACCUGUUGUAGCAAACAUCGCAUCUUAGUACAACUAUACAUAACAAUAUAAACCACCAGUGCCUUGUCUACCAAUUGCUGCCAUAUACUCAACAAAUUUUAUAGUCUCAAUUUAUGUCAUUUUUUGACGUUGUAUAAGUACUUAAAGUAUUUAUUCUUUCAGUGUAUUUUCUAAAAAUUUAUUACCUCUGCUCAGUAAAUGUCUAUCUAAAAAGAAGGAAAAACUACCAUCAUAUAUAGUACUAUAAAAACUAAAAAUUAUCAAUUAUGAUAUUAUUUACAUUUUAAGAUUUCAUUGAUCUUAUAAAAAAACAAUUAAUCAAAAUCUAAUAUGAAAGUUUAAGUUUCAUUCUGAAUAAAAAUUUUAAUUUGAAGGGAUAUGGAAGGGAAAAUUCAUUUGGCUUUACAACACAUGGAAAAUGAAGGACUCGUUUGAGGGUGAAGAAUUUGUAGGGAAUUGUUGGUUAUUGAAACAAAUCUUAUUAUUUUUCGUAAAGAGAAAUUUUAGAAAGGAUUGGAAGGUCAAAGAGAUGAUACAAACUCUUUCACUCUUCAUUUGUAUUUUAAUAUUAAUUAUUUUGUUUGUUACAACGUUGUACUUUCAUUUAGUUACCUGGUUAUUUGCUCAACUACUCAGGAUCAACCAAAGUUAAUUCAUGCAUAGUGCUCUAGAACUCAAUCCAAAUCUAGAAAUACCUUUCAGUAAUCUUUAGUUCAAUUUUCCAGUUAAAUGAAGUCAUUCAUACUUAAUUUUUAUACCUGGAUUCCGGUAAAGUAACUAUUAUUCUCGCACACUAAAUUUUAAGUAUUCGUGUCUAUUUUAUCGGAACUAGAAGAAUUUUUAACAAUGUACAGAAAUCAAAAUUUCGAAAUUUACACAUUCCUAAUUAAAAUAUUGGAUUGGAAACCCCAGUUGUGAUUUUUAUCAGUGUUAAAUAUGGAAUCUCGCCGUAGAUUUUUUUAUAAUUCUCAUAUAGUCUAAUCAUUUAUUUUCAGAAA